AACGCAGAAAGAGCACCACAUAAAAGAUAUCACCAUGAAAUUUUUCAUUGUCCUAUCGGCUCUUGUAGCAGUGAAUCUAUGUUCACCGAUCGACCCAAAGGCUGAUAUAGUACUUGCGGAGUUGAUUGCCCGGAGACGGCUCCCAGCCCUGGAGCACGAGGAGGUGCAUGACGACUUCGGCCAGUUCGCGCUGCGCUUCGUGACAGCUGAGGGAACCGUGGUCUCGGAGCGAGGCCGCCUCGUGCCCACCGUGGAUGGAGAUUACGUGCUCAUCACCGAAGGCGAGAUCACCUUUGUUGGUGAUGAUGGAGAAAUCUACACGAACAAGUUCACUGCGGGAACUGACGGCUACCAAGUUGAGAGUAACCACCCAUUGAUAGCGCCAGAACCUGUUGUAAUUCCAGCAAUUGUUGAAAGAGCUUAAGAAAUUGAUCCAUGACAAAACCAACAGUGACUCCUAAUAAAUUAUUAUUUUAUCAUCA